AUGUCCGCCAUUAACAGAUUCAACGCAUUACCUCGCUCGAUUACUCGACCAUUAAGAUGUCCCUAUGAGGGCACCGCAGUACUUCAGACUUCGCGUUUCAACAAAGGAACCGCAUACCCUAACGAUGAACGGCAACUCUUCAAACUAAAUGGUUUAUUGCCACCUAAUAUUCAGACUCUGGAAGAGCAGGUUCAACGCGCCUACCAGCAAUACAGCAGCCGAAGUGAUGAUCUAGCCAAGAACACAUUCAUGGCUAGCAUGAAGGCACAGAAUGAAGUCUUGUUCUACAAGCUGCUGCAGACCCAUCUCAAGGAAAUGUUUAGUAUCAUCUACACUCCCACCGAAGGUGACGCCAUUGAGAACUACUCGCGAUUGUUCCGGAAACCUGAAGGAUGCUUUUUGAACAUUCGCGAUCAAGAUUCUAUUGACAGCAACCUGGCACAAUUUGGAAAUGAGGAAGAUAUCGAUUAUAUUGUCGUCACCGAUGGGGAAGAGAUUCUUGGAAUCGGCGACCAAGGUGUCGGUGGAAUUCUUAUCUCCGUGGCCAAACUUGUGAUCACCACUCUUUGUGCUGGUAUUCAUCCGGCGCGACAGUUGCCUGUGAUCCUCGACUGUGGAACGAACAACGAAGGGUUGCUGAAAGACGAUUUGUACUUGGGACUGCGUCAAAGCCGAUAUCAAGGCAAGGAGUACGACGAGUUCGUGGAUCGCUUUGUUCAAAGUGCUCGUAAGCGCUUUCCAAACGCCUAUAUUCACUUCGAGGACUUUGGACUUUCCAAUGCAAAAAGAAUCCUGGAGAAGUAUCAGUCAGAUAUCCCUUGCUUUAAUGACGAUAUCCAAGGUACCGGGUGUGUGACCCUGGCCGCGAUGAUGGCCGCUUUACACGUGAGCCAAGUCUCGAUGGAAGAUGUCCGGGUAGUGGUAUUUGGCUCUGGGACAGCUGGCACAGGAAUAGCGGAUCAAAUCGCGGAUACCAUUGCAACAGAGACCAAUAAACCAAAGACGGAGGCUUCAAAGCAGAUAUGGUGUAUUGAUAAACCCGGGCUUCUCCUGAAGUCCAUGGCCGAGAAAUUGACUCCGGCUCAGACACCAUUCGCAAGGGAGGAUACAGAGUGGCCACAAGGACAACAAAAUGACUUACUAUCAGUCAUCCAGAACGUCAAACCUCAUGUGUUGAUCGGCACAUCCACGAAGCCGAAAGCAUUCACAGAAGAAAUCAUCCGAGAGAUGGCAAAGCACAUCCAUCGACCGAUAGUCUUCCCAUUGAGCAAUCCGACUCGCCUGCACGAAGCCCAGCCAAAGGAUCUCUUCGAAUGGACAGACGGCAGAGCGCUCGUUGCAACAGGCAGUCCGUUUCCACCCGUGGAAUUUAAUGGCGUGAAAUAUGAUAUUGCAGAAUGCAAUAAUUCAACUUGUUUCCCUGGCAUCGGGCUUGGUGCAGUUCUCUCGCGCAGCCGUCUUGUUUCCAAAAAGAUGCUGGUCGCGGCUGUCGAGGCACUCAAAACCCGCUCUCCGGCAUUGGAGGACCCGAAUAAGCCUCUCUUGCCUGAUGUGGAAGAUGUACGAGAAAUUAGCGUUGAUAUUGCUGCAGCUGUGAUAAAAUGCUCUUUGAGCGAGGGUCUUGCACAACAGAAAGAGAUUCCUUCUGAUGAUAGUGAGCUAAGGGAAUGGAUACGGGCACAGAUGUGGGAAGCUGUGUAUCGACCUUUGGUAAAGUCCUAG